AUGGAUUUGAAAAACGUUAAAGAUUGUAUAGAGGUUUAUCCUUUGGGUGCGGGACAAGAUGUAGGGCGCAGUUGUAUUUUGAUUAAAAUUUAUGAUAAAAUUAUAAUGUUAGACUGUGGUUUGCAUAUGGGUGUAAAUGAUUUAACAAGAUAUCCAGAUUUCGAAAAGAUAAAAUAAAUUUGGAAUAUUCCUGAAAAAAGAAAGUGGGACUAGAUCAUAGAUUUAGUUUUAAUAUCUCAUUUUCACUUAGAUCAUAUUGGUGCGCUUCCCUAUUUUACAGAAAUUUAUAAUUAUGAUGGUCCUAUUUAUAUGACAAGUCCUACUAAGGCACUUCUUCCAUACAUGUGCGAAGAUUUUAGAAAAGUAAUUACAGAAAGCUAAAAGAAAGAGUUUACAGAUGAUAGUAUUCCUUAAACUCCUGCUUAAAAAAUCAUAAAUGACAGCAGAUAUCCUUUAAUUUAUACUUAAGAAAACAUCUAAAAGUGUUUUUAAAAAGCAAAAAUUAAUAUAAAAAUAAUCAAACAAUGA